CAAGCAACAAGCAAGUACAAGUAAACAACACAACAACAACACAAGGAUGGAACGAAUAUAAAGUGAUUCUUUGUUGUGUAAAUUUACAACUGAAAUUUGUUAAUAAAAUUGAAUUUAAUAUGGAAAUGAAGCAAGAGGCUAGUGAGACAACUUAUAAAAUAGAAGCAGAUUCUGAGGCUUCUGGUGGUCCUUUGGAUGUCUUCAAAAUUGAAAUAAAGGAAGAACCUAAGAGAGAAAGUGUAAAUGAAGAUGAUUGUUUAGAGUUAAAUGUGUCCUCCGUAAAAACUGAAGUAGAACAAGAUGAAUAUAAAUUUACACCAUUUGAAGAAAAACACACCACAAAUGAAGAAGGUUAUGUCCAAGAAGAAAUCAAAAUGGAAAGUAAUGAGACAUUAAUUGAACAUCCAUGUGAUGAAAGAAAAAAUAUCAGUGGGCAUGCUGAAGGAAAAUCAUUAAAUAAAAAUAUGGAAGUAGUGACUGGACAAAGAUCUUACAAGUGUGAAAUAUGUUUAAAGCAGUUCGUUAGUUCAAGUAAUUUGAAAGUACACUUAAGAAUUCACACUGGAGAAAAACCUCACAAGUGUGAAUCUUGUUUUAAACAGUUUGCGGACGUACAUAAAUUGAAAGUACAUUUGAGAGUACAUACUGGAGAAAAACCAUACAAGUGUGAAAUUUGUUUAAAACAUUUUGUUUCUAAAGAUCAUCUGAAAAGACAUUUAAAAACACACACUGGAGAAAAACCUCACAAGUGUGAAAUUUGUUUUAAACAGUUUAUUGACAUAACUAAAUUGAAAAUGCAUUUGAGAGUACACACUGGAGAAAAACCGUACAAAUGUAAAAUUUGUUUUAAACGAUUUUCUCAAAAAGGUUCAAUGAAAGCUCAUUUAAGAACGCACAGUGGAGAAGUAGGUACUUUCUCUCGAGUGCACACAGGAGAAAAACCAUACAAGUGUAAAAUUUGUUUAAAGCAGUUUAGUCAAGCUCGUACUUUGAAAACACAUUUGAGAGUGCACACAGGAGAACAGCCAUACAAGUGUGAAAUUUGUUCUAAACAAUUUAAUGACGCAGGUAGUUUGAAAGCACAUUUGAGAGUACACGCUGGGGAAAAACCUUACAAGUGUAACAUUUGUUUUAAGCAAUUUAGUGAAGCAUGUAAUUUGAAAAGACAUUUGAGUGUGCACACUAGGGAGAAACCUUUCAAGUGCGAAAUUUGUUUUAAGCAAUUUAGUGUAGCAGAUAGUUUGAAAACACAUUUGAGAUUGCACACCAGGGAACAACCAUACAAGUGUGAAAUUUGUUUUAAGCAAUUUAGUGUAGCAGGUAGUUUGAAGACACAUUUAAGAGUGCACACUGGAGAAACACCCUAUAAGUGUGAGAUUUGUUUUAGGCAGUUUAAUACUACAAGUAGUUUGAAAACACAUUUAAGAACGCACACUGGGGAAAAACCUCACAAGUGUGAAAUUUGUUUUAAGCAGUUUAUUUCUUCAAGUAAGUUGAAAAACCAUCUGAGAGUUCACACUGGAGAAAAACCUUACAAGUGUGAAAUUUGUUUAAAGCACUUUAGUCAAGCUUGUAGUUUAAAAACACAUUUGAGAGUGCACACUGGAGAAACACCUUACAAGUGCGAGAUUUGUUUAAAGCAGUUUAACCAGGACGGUCAUUUGAAAACACAUUUGAGAGUGCACACUGGGGAAAAACCCUACAAGUGCGAAAUUUGUUUUAAGGAGUUUUCUCAGAGAAGUGGUUUGAAAACACAUUUUAGCUUGCACACUGGGAAAAAUCAUACAAUUGAGGUGAUUAAAAGUAAAACUCGUUAACUCCAAAGAUGUAACUUUUGAGAAAAGCGAAAUGUGCAAUCAAAAAUUAAUCCCUUAAUUUGUAAUCUCACACUGUUCUUAAUGAUGAUGAUGGUUAUGUUUGGCAUGGAAACUAGUCCAUUUGCCACAGAUUUUUACAUGUUUAUAUAAUCUUAUUCUAAUUAAGUUAUAUUAAUUAUAGUAUAUGUGUAACGUUUAAGUUUUCUGAGUGUAGAUUUUAAUUCAGUUUUCAUCGCUUCACAUUUUUUGACUUAACUGCCUGUAGAUUUCGUGUUUUUCUCAGAAAACCAUGUGUUGCUAUUAGUACAUGUGAUUCCCACGCAAAGUUUGAGACUUUAAUAGCUUUUUGGAUAAAAGUUAUCGUCUUUGCCUCUCAUAACUCAUUUAAGGAUUAGGCUUGCUAAGCCCUUUACGAGUGUUAAGAAAUCUGUUUUCAAAUAUUUCGUAUAGUUUUCCAUAAUUUUGAUUGGCUGAAAAACCCCACUCCACCAAAGCGACGCUUAACGUCCAUAAAAAGCACCAAUUCGGCGUCAUUUCUUGUGAGUUAAGUUAAUAGAGUUAGGCCAUUAUUAGACUAGGUAACUGGUGGCGCAACUAGUGGCUCCACCAAAUUAAAGCAUACAAGAUAUCGUGGUCAACUGGUGGCGCAACCAGUUACCGUAGUCUAAUAGAUCUCAUUUACUUAAAUGCCCCGUGACGUAAUGAGUCACUGGUGGAGCAACUUGGUGGCGUCACCAGUUGCCUAAUAUAAAACUGGCCUUAGUCAUUAUGUGAGAUCAAGUGUAUUAUAUGUGAGAUUAUAUUAUGUGUGAUUAUAUUAGAUCAAUAUUAUAUUCUAGUCCAAUGGUGCGGCUGUAUUUUCGUUUUGCAACGAAAUUCAAAAUGGUUAUUCAUUUUUGAUUUACAUGUUUACUCUGAUUGGAGUACGAAGGGAACCAUUCUCGUUGGAACUUUACCGCGCUGAGCAGAUGGGACCUGAAUUAUAAAUUGUAAAAUUCCCUCAUCUUUCUUAGUCUCAGCAUCCGUAUGGCUUGCAAAUUGUAGAAGCCUCGGAGGUGUAACCAGAGAAGGUUCCCAUUGUUUUCAGUCUGGUGGGAUGUAGAAUAACAUUAAGUUGUUUUAUAUGCCAUUAGAGUGAAAACUUAGUUUUUUGCUAGCAGUUGCCGCUAGGGCAUCUAUGCCAUUUCGUUCGUUGCAAUCCGGGACUGCACGCUGCACGCCGGCGUUUGUUUUGGUUGGAUCAGAGAGAGCAGCAAGUGUGCCUCCUGACGAGAGACUAAUAAGUUUCGAAACCGGUAGAGGUGCUUGCUGCACUCUCUGAUUGGACUAGAAUAUGGUACUGCUGUAUUUUCGUUUUGCAACGAAAUUGAAAAUGGUUAUUCAUUUCUGAUUUACAUGUUUACUCUGAUUGGAGUACGAAAGGAACCAUUCUCGUUGGAACUUUACCGCGCUGAGCAGAUGGGACGUGAAUUAUAAAUUGUAAAAUUCCCUCAUCUUCCAAAGUCUCAGCAUCCGUUAUGGCUUGCAAAUUUUAGAAGCCUGGGAGGUGUAACCAAAGAAGGUUCCCAUUGUUUUCAAUCUGGUAGGAUGUGGAGCAACAUUUUUGAUGUUGUUUUGUGUGCUAUUAGAUUGAAAACUUAGUCUUUUGCUAGCAGUUGCCGCUAGGGCAUCCAUGCCAUUUCGUUCGUUGCAAUGCGUGACUGCACGCCGGGGUUUGCCCUGGUUGGAUCAGAGAGAGCAGCAUAUGUGCCUCCUGAUGAGAUACUAGUGACGUCAUCCAUCAGAGCGUGAUGACGUAAUCGAUGAUUUUUUUUUAAUGGGAAUAGGGAUCGUGUGGUAGCUCAAUUGAAAGGUUGUUCAAUUUUCAAUUCAGUAAUAUAAACAUUAAUAUAAUUAUUUAUACAGGGUGAACAAAAAAUAUUUUUUGAAUUAAAGUAAUUGACGAAAAAAGAAAACAUAAAAUCCUUUAUAAAAGGUAUAUUUGUUAAAAUCCCUAUACAGGGCUACAUCAAAGACAGAACUAGUUCUAACUAGUUCUUCAGAACUAAUUUUUGAAUUAGAUUAAUUUACGCAAAAAGAAGAAUGUAUGUAAAUUAUUUAACUCAACAUACAUUCUAUUGCUGUCAGAAAAUGGAAAAAAUGGUUAUUUGGCAAAUAAACAUUGCUUUUCGUUUAAAUUAAAUGUUCAAACUGUUAAGAGGUAGGUGGGAGGCUGUUUGUGAUUAAAUUUAAGCGAAAAGAAAUAAAACAUUUGUGAAAUAAACAUUUUUUUUUCUAUUUUCUGACAGCAGUACAAUGUAUUUUGAGUUAAAUAAAUUACAUACAUUUUUCUUUUUUCCACGAGGAAAAAUUUCCUGUAGUUGGCUGUAUACCAUUACAAAAACAUAAAAUCCUUUAUAAAAGGUAUAUUUGUUAAAAUCCCUAUACAGGGCUACAUCAAAGACAGAACUAUAGUUUAUUUUUUAACCAAGAGGAGUAAACUAAAAGACAGAUACACACCCAAGAAAGUCACUAGAAUAAUAACCAAAUACAUCUUCUUUUUUGGUUGAUCUAGUCGGCCCUCAACGGUAAUCCAUAAAUAUUAUAUUAAAUUAAUAUGUCGCUAAAGAGUUCCAAAAACAACUGCUUUUUAUAUAAAAGCAGACUAACAAUCUAAAAAUUAAAGGAAUAACACAGAAAACAAAAAAAUCGCCGAUAUAACUUAAUUAACCUAUGAAAUGUCACUAGUGUCAAAAUUUGAUAAAUGUCAUUAGUGUCAACAUUUUAUAACAGUGGAGUAAACUUGCCUGCGGUUGGACCAAUUACAAACAAGCAAUACAGCGCGGUAAAUUUGAAUCACUCCUCUUGGUUAAAAAACAAACCAUAGUUCUAUUGU